UUGCACGUGCAGUGUCUCAUUCCCCUGUUCCACACUGAUGCUGCCACUGUGUGAGAUUUGCCUUAUUGUCUCCAGUGACAUCCAAUCACAGAACUGAAGACUGACACGGACGACCCUCAGCGCUCGAGGAUGCAGCAGCAUACACCAGGGUCCCCUCAGCAGGCCAGAGUACGGGGCAGUCGUGUAAGCUUUCCUGUGAUACACAUUGACAGACUGAGAGCAGCCAAAGCUCUAGUGGCCAAGGCUGUAAAGGAAAAGAAGGUGUUCUCGGUGCAGGGGCCGUACCCUGUGAUUCGCGCCGCUCUCAGAGCCAGAGGCUGGGUGGAGCGCCGGAUGCCUCGCCGCUCCACACAGAGUCAUCACCAUGGAGACCGGGACGCCGAGGUCACGGAGGAGACUGACAGCAGCAACGAUGAUGGUGACGGAUUGUCUGACCGAGGAGACAGGGAGUACGACCCUGAUGACACGUACAGCCUCAUGUCUCGUCUAUUGCACAACGAAUUGACAUAUUUCUACUGGACUACAAAGAGUGACGCACUCGACCAUAUGUCGUUACAUAAAGACCAGAUGAUUAAUCACUACGCAAAAGCAGGAUCCUUCACCACCAAGGUGGGCUUGUGCAUGAAUUUGAGAAAUCUGAAGUGGUUCGACUCGACAGACCCCGACACGUUCUUUCCACGCUGCUACCGCCUGGGGGCGGAGGAUGACAAGCAAGCGUUCACUGAUGACUUUAGACGGACUGCGUGCACAAGCCUGCUACGGUAUGUCGUAGAGAGAGCUGGAGGACAAGAGGAGGGUGACAUCUAUCACGUUAAACAGCCUCAGGGUCUGGACAAGCGGCAUAAACCGCAAGCCAAGCAGAGGAUUGGAGUCGGCCUGAUCGAGACGGCACUACGUGUGUCCCAGGAGUAUCUCAACAGCCUGGAACACUGCGACAUAGACAUCGCUCUGGAAACCCCGCCCACUCUCUCAGAGCAACAGUGGGCAAACUUUAUCCACAGCUACUACCUGGUCAUUCAUGAUGGCGUGGUGUUAGAGGGAUGUAGCGAGUAUUCAGAGCGCUGUCAGUCCAUGCUAGAACGAAUGCGCAAGGUCUGUUCACAGCUGGAGAUUGAUGGAGUCAAUAACAUCUGGAUUAUUAAACCAGGGGCUAAAUCAAGAGGCAGGGGUAUAGUGUGUAUGAACAGGCUAGAUGAGAUCCUGGGUUUAGUCAACAGCGACUCGGCUCUGAUUAAAGACAGUAAGUGGGUGGUGCAGAAGUACGUGGAGCGCCCCCUGCUGAUCCACGGCACUAAGUUCGACCUGCGCCAGUGGUUCCUGGUGACGGACUGGAACCCUCUCACGGUGUGGUUCUACCGGGACAGUUACCUGCGUUUCUCCACCCAGCUCUACUCCACACACAGACUGGACAGCUCUGUCCAUCUCUGCAACAACUCCAUUCAGAAGUAUUUCCAGCCGAGUGCUGGUCGCGACCCAUCGCUGCCUGCUGAGAGCAUGUGGUCGAGUGCCGAGUUCCGCUCUUGGCUCGCGGCUUCGGGGCGGGGCGGUCUGUGGGAGGACGUGGUGCUUCCCGGUAUGAGAAGGGCCUUGAUCCAGACUCUCCUGACAGCUCAAGACAGCGUGGAGCCACGCAAGGCCAGCUUCGAGCUGUACGGAGCAGACUUUCUCCUGGGGUGUGACCUCCAGCCCUGGCUGCUGGAGGUGAACGUCAGCCCCACCAUGGCCUGCUCGACGGCCGUCACUGCCCGACUCUGCCCCGCCGUGCAGGAGGACACACUGCGCGUGGUGCUGGAUCGACGCUACGACCGCAACACCGACACCGGAGGCUUCCAGCUUAUAUACAAGCAGGCACCAGUGGAGGUUCCUCAGUAUUUAGGUGUCAGCUUUCUAGUGGAAGGAGCUCAGAUCAGGCGUCCCCGUUCGUCUCGCCCUAAAACGUUCAUCAGGUCUCAUUACGAAUCGCUACACAAAUCCAGACGCGUCCUCCAAGCUCACACCCGCCCUUCAGAUAAGGAGAACCAGCGUGAGGAAGAGAAGAGGAUCUGUCCAGCACCCGUCUGCACCCGGAAGGUCACGACGGAGAGACGUGUAACUUUACAGCCUCUGAUGGAGAAAAGACGCCUGAGAACAGACGCGUUACCCCCGUCCUCCGGUCCCCUUCCGAAUCCUUCUGACCGUCAUCGCCUUCACACUUCACACACACGCACGCAUCAUACACACGCACGCGCAGAGCCGACACACGCUCACACUCACAGGACGCAGAGGCACGCGCUCUCUCUGAACCGUCUCGAACCUUCGCUGGAGAUAAUCACUCUACAACCGGGGAUCUCAUACAAGGGCUUUUACCAGCAGAACACACACACACACACUCCUCUCACACACACCGUCCAGGUGUCUCACCCAGUCAUACGCCUGCACCAGAACUUCUCCCUGCUCCAGCGGCAGAACACGGAGACGUACCGAAACAAAGGACACGCAGCUCCCCGAGACUGUACAAGACAAAGAGAGAAAUAAA